CCUUCCGCUUCCGCAGGCGGCUGAGGGAGGAGGAGGAGGAGGCGGUGGCGGCGCCAUGGCGCUCCUCAAGCGGCUCCCGCCGCCUGCUCAGGGCGUCCGGCACCGGCAGCCUGACACCGAGGCGCUGCUGGCGGGGCGCUCCCUGGGAGCCGGCACCCUAUACAUCGCCGAGAGCCGCCUGUCUUGGGUGGAAAACUCUGGCGUCGGGUUCUCCUUGGACUACCCCAACAUCAGCCUGCACGCCGUCUCCAGGGACCUGAGCGCCUUCCCGUGGGAGCACCUGUACGUCAUGGUCAACGCCAACUUUGAAGAAGAGGAGACGAAAGAGGCUCCCAUGGCCGAAGGGGAGGAGGAAGACAGCGACGAUGAUGCUGAACCAAUUGCGGAGUUCAGAUUUGUACCGAGCGACAAAUCGGCCCUGGAAGCCAUGUUCUCAGCGAUGUGCGAAUGCCAGGCUCUGCACCCCGACCCAGAAGAUGAGGAUUCGGACAAUGAUUACGAAGGGGAGGAGUAUGACGUUGAGGCACACGAGCUGGAGCAAGGCGACAUCCCCACCUUCUACACGUACGAAGAAGGGCUGUCGCAUUUAACCGCAGAAGGCCAGGCCACCCUGGAGAGGCUGGAGGGCAUGCUGGCCCAGUCUGUCAGCAGCCAGUACAACAUGGCUGGGGUGAGGACGGAGGACUCGAUACGGGAGUUUGAGGAUGGGAUGGAGGUGGACAUAGCACCAGUAGUCGCGGGGCAGUUUGAAGAUGCAGAAGUUGAUCACUGAGGAGGACGCGUGCUGCCAUUCUUCUUGUGGCACUUGCAGAAUAAGCUGUAAAACUGAAGGCAUUGCAGUGACUGUCGGGAGUUAACCUUUCUUUUAAUGACCUACGCUUAGACAUCUCGGUCUAUAAAUGCUUUUAUAGAUGUUUAAAAAAAAAAAAAAAGGGUUGACAUUUGUGACCACUAUGGGGUUAUUUAAAAAACACACACAAAACAAGUAAUAAAACCUCUCCCGUCUAACAUAAAUGGGGCUUGUCAGGGGUCGUUUCAAAGAAGCCUUUGUAGGAGUUCUAGGACUGCGGAAAUACAGCUGCAAGCAGAACAGAAUUCUAGAUUGUCCUAGAACUUCCCAUAUUUUUGUACCUGUUCAUUGAGUAAUGGAGCAGAAUGGAAAUGUUACAGAGCUCAGCUGAAAGAAAAUAAGGUCAGACAUGGAUGAAAAGCAAAGCUCAACUUAAUGCCCCUCAAUAACUGGUAUCAGUUCACUGUUGUCCUUUCCAUUUGUCUGGGAGCUAAGUUUGGGUGGUAGAGAUUGAAUAAAAUCUGUAAAGUUCUGAAAAUGAGAACUGGUUUGUGUCUUUGUAUUAAAUGUUAACAGCACUGUUAAAUAAACUCAGAUUUUUGUAUCUCACA